AUGAGCCAUUCCAGUGUUCAUCGCCAUGACGAGGAGCAAGAUGUUGUGUCAAUUAGCUCGUCCUUGUCCUCUACUCCUACAGAGACCACCCCUUUAAUCAACAGACUGCCAAAGAAUGGCAGAGAUGAUUCCAGCUGGAUGACAGAAUUUCGUUGGCUGAUCAAAAAUGCCUUGCCCAUUGUAUUCACUUUUCUGAUGCAAAAUUCACUUCAAAUGGCAUCUAUUUUCACACUGGGUCAUCUGGGUCCAACUGAAUUAGCUGCGGCUGCACUUGCCAGUAUGUUUGCCAGUGUGACAGCAUGGAGCAUUGCAUUUGGCACCGCAACUGCAUUAGAUACGCUUUGUAGUCAGGCAUGGACCGGUGCCAAAGAUAAGACUCUCGUCGGUAUUCAUCUCCAACGUGCUCUUUGUAUCCUCGGUUUGAUGUUCAUCCCAAUUGCUAUCGUCUGGUGGAAUUGUACAAAGUUGUUAUUGAGCUUGAAUCAAGAUCCUGAGCUCGCUUUACACGCUGGUCUCUUUUUGCGUUGCUUGAUGCUGGGUGCUCCUGCUUUCAUUGCGUUCGAAGCUACCAAGAAGUAUUUGCAAGCUCAAGGUAUCAUGCAAGCAUCUACCUAUGUCCUCAUGGUUGUAUCUCCCAUCAAUCUCUGUCUCAACUAUUCCUUUGUCUACCUUGCUCCCUUCAAAUUGGGUUUCAUUGGUGCUCCUCUGGCCACAAGUUUCAGUUACUGGUUAAUGUUGACCUUGCUGGUGCUUUAUAUCAAAUUUGUAAACGGCAAGGAAGCCUGGGGCGGUUGGUCAAGAGAAUGCUUGACUGGAUGGUGGCCUUUCUUGAAGCUCUCCAUUCCAUCUCUCUUGAUGAUCACUGCUGAAUGGUGGGCAUUCGAGCUAUCCUCCUUGGCUGCAAGUUAUCUCAGUACUCGUGAUCUCGCUGCUCAAUCUAUUGUGUUGACUACGGCUUCUGCUACUUACACAAUCCCUUUCGGUGUGUCUGUCGCUGCUUCUAACCGUAUUGGUAACUCCCUCGGUGAAAGUAACGCUAUCAAGGCUCGCCGUGCGUCUGUUGUGGCCAUUAUGUUUGCCAUCUUCUUUGGUUUCACCAAUUCCACUUUCUUUAUGGCCGUUCGCUCCAAGUUUGGUUACCUUUUCACCGCAGAUGAGGAUGUUGUUGCACUUGUUUCCAAGAUUAUGCCUCUCUGCGCCAUGUUUCAAAUUGCUGAUGGAUUAUCUGGUGUGUGUGGUGGUGUCAUCCGUGGUUUAGGUCGUCAAUCCUUUGCCGCCUGGGUCAACUUGUUUUCCUAUUAUGUUGUUGCAUUGCCUCUUGGUUACUACUUGACAUUUGUGCUUGAUUGGGAUUUGAAUGGCUUAUGGGUCGCGUUGACCUUGGCCUUGUUCUUGGUUGCCUCUAGUUCUCUGAUCUUCUUGGGAUACAUCAAUUGGGAGACCGAGGUCAAUAAGGCUCAGGAAAGAGUCAAGGCAGAUGAAGACAAGAUUCAUGAGGAUACACAAGGUGGCGGUGCCAUCAUCUAG